AUGGACUGGAACCAUUCUAUAUUGGCUAUUUCUAUACAUGUAUAUGAAGUCGUCGCAUCCAAAUCCAUUCCUUAUGAAGCAGGCGUUUCAUUUACGCAGAAUUCUAACGGUGUGUUGGUGCAUUACAUAAACAUUGUGUGUGCACGUCGCGCGUCGCCCUUGGUGGCUGGGCAGCGACCCCGGCGGCCCCAAGGUCGCGCGCGCGGCGCACUCUAUACGCAUGUGUGUGAAUAA